AUGAUUGCUUCCGCCAGGUUACUAAGGCGUCGAGUGCCUACCGCUUCUGUUGUUCCUCGUCCUUGGUCUCUUCCCAGCGCACCACGAUGUCUUUCGCAAUGGAGAGGACCUAGACUGUCACAAGGUCAUCGGAGAAACACAAGGAAUGGGCCGGUAGCGAGAAGGAGUAUACACUCUCAAAAAGUCACGGAUGAUGAGAUUGCGACUCUAGCUCGACAGCAUCAACACCCACUAUGUCUCGCGGAUCUUGUGAGGCACGGUCGUCCACCUCUGUCUUCGGAAUCUCUCCUUUCGUCCGCCAACUUCGCCCUCUCUCUUCUGCCCGUGCGACUCGCCCAUCGCAUCCAAGCCCUGCGUAACCUCCCAUACAUCGUCGUCUCAAAUCCGAACAUCUCGCGCAUCUACAACAACUAUCUCCACUCACUAUCCAUCCUGCUGCCAUACUGGCAUGCCACCCGCGAAGGACGACCCAUCUCGACACUAGAGGACGAGAUACUCUUCACAAAUGUCCUCGCUGAGCUUGUCGCGACGCAUACGGAUACUAUCCCCAUACUCGCCAAGGGCUUUCUCGAAUGUCGACGUUACAUCUCCCCAGAAGAAGUUACUUUAUUCCUCGACCAACAUCUCCGCGCUCGAAUUGGUACUCGACUUAUUGCAGAACAGCAUAUCGCACUGCACUUUAGUUCCCAACCGCAUUUCGACCCAAGUGCCAGCCCAACGCCAUGCCCUGAACAUCCAUCGUACAUCGGAGUUAUUGACACAGCUCUCCGCCCUGCGCAAAUAGUGGAAUCAUGCGCUGGAUUUGUUGCUGAUAUAUGCGAGCUUCGCUACGGGGUGCGGCCUCUUCUCUACAUCCAUGGCGAGCCAGAUACCACCUUCGCCUUUGUCCCUAUGCACCUUGAGUAUAUCGUUACAGAGCUUCUCAAGAAUGCCUUCCGCGCCACCAUAGAGAACAAGUCCAACGAGCCUGUAAUUGUCACCAUCGCUCCGGAACCUUCUCUAUCUUCAGAGGGUCCAACACCCUCCUCAAAUCAAUCGACCAGAGACAGAGAUGCGGCUGCCACACUCAGCCAGCCAUUGGAAGACAACCGUGACGCCACCAGUACCGACUCCAUAGUCCCGCUCAACAACAACGCUCCAGGUGUGACGAUCCGGAUUCGUGAUCGCGGUGGUGGCAUCCCACCGGAGGUAAGCCCCAACGUCUGGUCAUACUCAUUCACCACUUUCUCAGACAAUAUGGAUGACUUUCCGGGAGAUGCAAAUGGCGGUGACGGACUUAACGCCAUAUCGACUACCAGUACGGGAGGUAGUUCUAUUGCAGGCCUGGGCUAUGGACUGCCCUUGAGCAGAGCAUACGCAGAGUACUUUGGUGGUGGUAUUGCGGUGCAGAGCCUAUAUGGCUGGGGAACGGAUGUGUAUCUACGACUGAAGGGUGUGGGAAACUUGAGUAAGCAGUAG